AAUUACUCUCUAUAUAAUAGUAACAGUAGAACUGAGUUUUAGGGGGCUCCUUGGAUAUCAUCCCGCCAAAACUAAAACUCACAAUUUCUAAUGUAUAGAAAAAAAGAAAAACUCAGCACCUUCCUCAAUUGUGUUUACUUGGAUUUGUUUUUUUAAUAUCUUUGAAAGGUUUUCUCUGCGUUCGUGCUAUGGUUUAGGAAUGGGUGCGGGAAAGAAGAAACGUCAUGCUCUCACCAGAAAGACUCACUCUCAGUCUCAUAUGCAUACUUUGAUGUCUUCAAUUCAAUAUCUAGAGGGUCUAAACCCAGCAAACUUGAAAAAAUUGUAUGCCAUGUUGCUCCAUCUAUCUUUGAACAAAUCCACAUUGAGCUGCUCUAAUUGUGAAUCUGGAGAUGUGGAGCUGGAUAAAUGUGGUGUAAAAUUGGUUAAAGAGAUAUAUGAUCUCUCUGAUGUUCUGUUUAAAGAAUUAGAAUGGAGAUUUAAGGAGUUAUUCUCUGCUUUACAUGAUGUUUCUGCUACUUGGGGUAGCGGCAAUUCUAAAUUGACAACUUAUAUUUGGGCAAAGAGCGAGGAACUAAUGUUGUUGCUGAGAUGUUGUAUGUCAAUGUUAGAUUUGAUUGAAUUCAACCAUAACCUUCUCAUGGAAAAAGGCAAACUUCUCCUUUCAGUGCUUAGAAGAUUAUUUUCUUUUGAGUUAAGUGGUGGUGGUGGUGCUGAUGGAAAUGAGAAAGCCUCAACCGCUUUUAAGAGGUUCGUUUCUGUUGAAUGUCCAUAUGUUAGUGGUGAUUGCACCACCUCUGUUAUCGAGGAGUUUGUUGCUUCAAAAUCUUCUUCUGAACCUUCCGAUUCCUGCUGUACACUUCUAUGUGCUGUGCUUGAGGUGAUUGCAGAUGAGCUUUUGGUGCAUAAGUCAUUGAGGGAGUACUUUAUGUUGAUUGAUUCUGCAUCUUUAAAAAGUGAAAUGCUAUUCAACAUCCAAUUCAGUCAUGGUAAUAUUGGAAGUGUGUUAGAGGUUGUUUGUGCUCAUUUUGUUCUGUCAGUUUCCAGUGAGCAAGGGUCUAUAAAUUUCAUCAACAGAUUAUUUUGGUGCCAUAGGGAGGACCUAAGAACUCCAGAAAUCAGCUUUCCAGCAUCCUUGUCCUUGCUUCUCAACCCUGUUGUGCUUUCUGCUCCAAAAAUGUUUCAGGCAUAUUUGAUUUUAUUGGUUUCUGAAGCAAUUGGUAUUUGCACAUCCUCUGAGAAUAUGAUGCUAGAUGUUCAAUUAAUGGACUGGCACUCAACAGCAUUUGAAAGGUCUGUCAUUCUGUACAACAGACAUAUGUCUAGUUUUCAUCCUAAUAGCCAUCAUUUGGCUCGUAAUGGUUCUUUUCUCAAACUAACUAUGGAUGGGAGUAGUCCACUGAACUUCAAAUCGUUCCUUCUGCAAGCAACGGUGGACAAAGUAUAUCAUCUUAUUGCCACGUCCAAAAGUUCUUGGGAUUCAUAUCUUAGUAAAAUGUCCUGUAGAACAAACUCUGACCUGGUGGCUUCCUCUAUUGCGUAUGUGAAGGAGAACAUAUGUAGUUUUGAUGAAUCCUAUAAAGAUGAGAUUUUAUCAAUAUUAAAUUGCAUAAUACUGGGAUCUUCAUCUGAUGAUACAUGCAAUACUUUAUUUCUUAAAGGGGAAACAAGCUUUCAAGACAUAUAUCUUCUUGCUUCUAUACUGAAGUUAAUGAGUAGCUCAAUGUUACAAGCUAUACAGUACAUGAGGUUUUUUGGAAUUUCAGGUUGCCAGAAAUCCUCAACAGAUUUUUCUUCCUCUAAGGAAUAUAAUUACCUAGUGCAUAUUCUUGGUUGUUUUCAACAGUUUAGUAUCCAUCUACCCAUUCAGAACUUCUUAAAUGAAAUGAUGCAAUCUCAUUCUGCAAGGCAUAAGGAUUCCAAGUGGAUGCUUUUGCAUCUUUCAGGCUUGCUUUCAUUAAGUUAUGCUAGUGGGAUUGAUUUCUUAGUUAAGGGAUGCUUAUUUACAAUGAUGAUGCUGUUGAAUUUGUUUAUCAUUGAAGAGGGUGAUCUCAGCGCACUACGGUCAUUAUGUGGUUCUAGAUCAAAAUCUUAUUCAUCUAAAUCACCUGAUAAUGUUGAAGAGGUCAUGGUGGUAAGAAAAUCUACCGAACUAAUUUCUUCAAAAUUUCAGAAGAUUCAGGAUACGUACCUGAGAACACGAUCGCAUGUGGUUUCUGACAAAAGAAAACAAGACAACCAAGCAGAAACUUCAGAAUAUUCCUGCGUCUUGAAUGGCCUGGAUUCUGCUGUCACUGUAGCCAGCAAUACUGAGGAAAUCUGUAACGGCGAGAUGUUCUUGAAAUGUAUAUUAGGAAAAAACUCCAAAGAGCCUGAUUUUGAUGAUUUAGCUGACUUCGUUGCAUGCAAACCGGGGAAGGACUACUCAGACUGGUUGAAGGGUCGAGAGAAAUUAAGACAACGGAAAUAUAAGAAGAUGAUAAAGUUGAGAUGGAAGAAAAAGAAGUCGGCAUGGAAUUCUAUGAGGUGAUGUUAAAAAACCAUCUUAUAUGUUUCAAAUGUAACUCCGCAUAGAUGUUGUAUAAUGAAUUCUAUGAGAUGAUGUUAAAAAACUAUCUUAUAUGUUUCAAAUGUAACUCCGCAUAGAUGUUGUAUAAUGAAUUAGCAUAUGUAAGCUUGGUAGCAGUAUCCCUUUGUAAAUCCUUUACUGAUGUUAACAUUAUGAUGCUCUUGUGCACAUAUAAGUUGGAAGUUCUUUAUUUAUCUCUAAAAUUCCUCAA